GCGCGGCGGGAUUGGGAGAGGCGGGUUCCGCUCAAGAGCAGAAGAGGGUGGCAUUAGGUCGAGGUCACCAGGACGCCGAAGCGAUCGAUUCAGCCCGCCAGCCAGCGCCAGAGCCUCGGCGGCUUCAACCCUCUGUGCUCCAACCCUCUAUGCUCCGACCCGCGCGCCGCGCCGCCGACCCAUCUUCCGCGACCUUCUCCUCCGCUGGAAGCUGGAAACCCAAAUACCACCGCCAUCUCCGAUUCCCGCAGCCGACCCCACGAUCCUCCGGCUCAUUACGCCACUAUUUACGUCCCGUUGCAUUUAACAAAAAGCUCGGCUGGCCCACAGGGCUCGAACCCGGCGAGGCUCAACACGUGGAUGCUCCACAUUCGGGGGUCGACUUUGAUCAGCUGUUUGCCCGGGGCAUCGACGCCCACGAAUCGCCGUUCAUCCGACAGGAACACGCGUCGAUCAAUCUCGAUCGACUGCGUCGCGAGAUCGUCGAUACUUAGGGAUAGUGGAGCCAUUUACUGUGCGAUUACCGGACUGCGGAUUUUAUGCGCAAUUAACAUCGAAAUAUCUUAUCCAGGACGAUUUAUUUUAGCGAACAUUGAUCUUCGUUCGUUCAGUAUUUUCUUAAGCUUUUUCAUCAGCUUCGCAGAAAAUUCGGUAUUAAAAGAUUCAAACAAUUUUUAUGCUACUUCGAGAGCUCUUUUUGCGCCCUUUUGCAUGCUUAAUUUUAACAAAUAAACCGUUCAUUGUAUUUAGAUGAAAAAUUUUAACACGUCUUGGUCUGGCUUCUUUGUGACAUCUUGCAGCAUUAUGGGAGCACAAUUUGCAGCGAAAUAUUCAAUACCUCGUGUUUCGAACAGCUUUUUUUAACAAGAAAAUUGUGUAAUCCUCCGUCAGAUGGCAUUACCGUACAAUUUUCAUUAUCGUCUGUCUCAUGUUCCGUUUCACGUAUUUUUGUCGCCCCUACUCGUCACCUGUUUCUUUCUCUCUCUUUUUUUUUUUAAUUGCAAAUGCCCCGGUCAUUUUAAACGUCAAACCGCCGGUUUCUACAUCCUAUAUUUUUAGCAGCUUUUUACUCGCGGCCACGCGACGGAAGUGAGAUAGUAACGUUCGGUUAUGAUGCCAGUGCUCACAGUGGAUCUUUAUUGAACGUAUGCGAUUCGGACCAUGCGAAAAGGUUUUACGCGUUAUGACGAGGGAUUUAGAACGCCAGCAUCCACUGACGACGAAUCUUACGUUUCUUCAGACUUCGAUUUGCUGAAGACGAGGCAUUCGAAAACAAACCCGGGAGCGUGUCAUCAGCCUACUGUAAAGUGCACCGGAAGUAAUCUGUCGAAUCGUCUCGCGGAGCCUGAGAGAACCUUUAAUCGGCGUCGCUGUUUCGCGAGCUACGAUCACGUCGAAAUAAAAUUACUAACCCAAGCAACAGAUAAAGACCUCAAGGGACAACGGCCAUUGAGUCUCCAGCACCUGCCCUGUCACAACAGCAAAAAAAGCCAUGAGCCGCAGGUAACUUUCGCUGUGCGCAACUCUUCCAGCGGCGGCGGCGGGGUUUCCGAGAGCAAAGCCAUCCCGAAACUUUGCGCCGAUAGGAACAGCACGCCGCGAAUUAUACGGGCGAUCCGUCGAAACAGCAAGAAGGCCAUAGCGGAGAAUCGAUCGGAAUCGACGGAACGUCCGCGACCCGGGAACAGCAAAAGCAGCGUAGUCGUUCUGUACCACGGGAAACCAGCAUCCCCGGAGCCUGCUCUUCGAGCCUGUCAAUCGGAACGAUCCGUCGCUCACGAUGCCAGCCAAUCGCUGAUCGAGAACGUGCACCAGGACAGAUCGAGCUCGGCGGAGCGGGGCCCCGUGUAUCCGAUCGACCGAGGACAAGCUACUUUGAGACGUCGUCGGCGUUUAUCGAGGCGGCGUGGACCACUCGCGCACAUUUAUCGGGAGAGGGCCGAGGCCGGCUCCUUGUCCAAGGAUCGCCGCCGUGUCACGGGCAAAGAGGCGCAGGAACGGAGACCCGAUCCGACCAGAUAUUCGGCCAAGUCUGCGAAAAAUUUGAUUAGGUCGAGCUCCGCUUCUUGUCAAGAGGACGACUCGGAUGAUCCUGAUCAGGCCCGGAGAUCCGAUAAGCACCGGCUGAUCGAUAAAACGCGCGGGGAACGAUGUCGUCCCUUGAAUAAUGCCGUCUCGAAGCUAAUGGCCCGCUUCAGCUUAGGAAAAGGCGACGACAAACCGCGGAGAAACAAAACCGUCUACCCUAACUUGGCGUACCUGAUGCAUCAGAUGCACGCGUGUCCGCAGGAACGAGGCGACAACCGUGCAUUCAUCAGCGUGAACGACGGUGGCGACGGCUCGAAUCGGGUGUUCCCGUUUCAGUCGACGCCCAGCGGCAACCUGAAGAUCGUACCGAAUCAGGUGGUAUUCGAGUCGAAGAAAGUCAGCGUCCUGGUCGCCGAUCCGCAGCACACCCAGGUGAACGUCAAGGCCGAGCUGAAUAGACCCGGAAACGAGGCUGUCGGAUGCGUUUCCGAAUCCUCCACGCGGCACAGGCUCGUCGAUCUUCCAGCCGGUGUCUCGUCCUCGAUGAUCAAUCAAUCGCAGGUAACUCCGGCGUCGAUGGUCAACGCUUCCGUUCUCUAAUA